CCGGAAUAGCAACAAGAAGAAAUUCGCCCCUAUAUAUAGACGGUGGAGGACUCCAGAUAACUAUAGUUCCAAUCUGUUCAUUGGUAAGAGCUAAGCUCAAAUCCCUCAAAAUGAAAUUCUUCAUCUUUGCUUUGGCCCUGAUCGCUUUGGCUGCCGCCAAGCCCCAGGACGACAAGUACACCACCAAGUACGACAGCGUCGACAUCGAUGAAAUCCUGAAGUCCGAACGUCUGUUCAAGAACUAUUACGCCUGUCUCAUGGACACCGGAGCUUGCACCCCAGAUGUCAACGAACUGAAGCGUGUCCUGCCCGAUGCCCUGGAGAACAACUGUGCCAAGUGUAGCGAGAAGCAACAGAACGACAGCACCAAGACCAUCAAGUACCUGACCGAGAACAAGCCAGAGGAAUGGAAGGCUCUGAAGGCCAAGUACGAUCCCGACAACAAGUACGUCGAGAAGUACGUUGCUGAUGCCGACAAGGAAGGAAUUAAGCUGUAAAUUUUGAAAGAUUUUGUGGAUAAGACUGAACGAAAAAUAGUCGACUUACUGCUGUGAUAUUGGUGAUGAUUAUGUGUUUCGCGAUUGACCAACAACGAAUCCGAUGGAAAGUAAUUUCUAUGAAUCUUCAAUUCUGAUGAAAUAGAUGUGACAAUAAACGAUUUUAAAAUUAAA